GUGCAUGGUGGGGAGGGUGCGUGAGCGGCGGGCGGGAUCAUGGCGGCCAUCGGGGUGCAUUUAGGCUGCACCUGUGCAUGCGUCGCUGUCUAUAAGGAUGGUCGUGCUGACGUGGUGGCCAACGAUGCCGGCGACCGAGUCACCCCUGCCGUGGUCGCUUACUCCGAAAGCGAAGAGGUGGUGGGUUUGGCAGCCAAGCAAAGCAGAGUAAGGAAUAUCUCCAAUACAGUGGUCAAAGUCAAACAGAUCCUCGGGCGAAGCUCUGGUGACCCCCAAGCUGAAAAAUACAUUACAGAAAGCAAAUGCUCAGUGACUGAGAAGAACGGAAAACUCCAGUAUGAAAUGGAUAACAAACUUGUUAGCCCUGAAGAAGUUGCAAAACUAAUUUUCAGCAAAAUGAAAGAAACUGCUCAGUCUGCUUUGGGUUCAGAUGUCAAUGAUGUUGUGAUCACUGUACCAUUUGACUUUGGCGAGAACCAGAAAAAUGCUCUUGGGGAAGCAGCUGGGGCAGCUGGCUUUAAUGUUAUGAGAUUAAUUCAUGAACCAUCUGCAGCUCUCCUGGCUUAUGGAAUUGGACAAGACUCACCCACUGGGAAAAGAUACAGGGGUUACAAACAUGACAUCAGAGAAAAUCCAAGAGCCAUGAUGAAGUUAAUGAACAGUGCUGAUAUUGCAAAGCACUCAUUGUCAACUCUGGGAAGUGCAAACUGUUUUGUAGACUCGCUGUAUGAUGGUUUGGAUUUUGAUUGUAAUGUGUCCAGGGCCAGGUUUGAACUUAUUUGUUCUCCACUCUUUAAUAAAUGCAUAGAAGCCAUUAAAAAACUUCUGCAACAAGUUGGGUUAACUGCAGAUGACAUUAAUAAGGUAGUUCUGUGUGGUGGGUCUGCUCGAAUCCCAAAGCUCCAACAGCUGAUUAAAGACCUUUUCCCAGCUGUGGAAUUGCUGACUUCGAUUCCUCCAGAUGAGGUCAUUCCCAUCGGAGCAGCCAUAGAAGCGGGAAUCCUGUUAGGGAGAGACAACCUCUUGUUGGAGGAGGAAGCACUGUCUAUCGAGUGUUCUACCAAAGAUAUUCUUGUGAAGGGAGUAGAUGAGUCGGGGUCUGACACAUUCACAGUACUGUUUCCAUCGGGGACCCCUUUGCCAGCACGAAGGCAGCACACACUACAAGCCCCAGGAAGCAAUUCCUCUGUAUGCCUCGAACUGUAUGAAUCUAUAGGGAAAUGCCUUGCAAAAGAGGAGGACAAAUUUGCACAGAUCGUGCUUCAGGAUUUAGAUAAAAAGGAAGAUGGGCUGCAUGAUAUAUUGACUGUUCUCACUAUGAAAAGGGAUGGGUCCUUGCACAUCACAUGCACAGAUCAAGACACAGGAAAGUGUGAAGUCAUCACUGUUGAAGUGGCAUCCUAGUCCUAUUUAAAAGGAGCUUCUUUGUCUGGUUUGGCUUGGUUUGUCAUUUCCCCUCCCUCCCCAAAAUUGUCUUUAUUUUAAAGAUUCUUUUUAAUGAGCUAUGUCAGGCUGGAAUAAAUUGCAGUAAAACUUUUUACCACCAAAGCUGUUUUUAAAUAAAAAUACUGUAUAGAAGGUUACCCUUACUCUUCAGACACUGGAGAGUCAAAUAGUUACUGGUUCAAUGCUCAAAAAAGGGAUGGGGAAAUCCCAGAGAGAAAACCAUUAGACUUAUUCAGUAAUAAGGUUUAUUACCCGGUAGGACCCAAAAUACAGAAAGAAUCCCCCUCAAGUCAAGUGACCUGUUAAGGGUUCUAGUCCCCUGUGUGUCUAACUUAAAAAAUGUUGCAUCUGUUUGGAACUAGUCAACGCUGGUAGUCUUUAAACAACCAAAAACAAACCAAUUCUCUGUUGGGGUGGGGACUUACAGUGUAUAUCCAACUGUAUGGAGCAUUAGUCUUAAAAUGGCUACCUGUCGGAAUUGGGGUUCUGAUGUAGAUCAGAUGCAUUUUGGGUUAUGUGAAAUGUGUCUGUUAAGCACUUGUGUGCUUCUUUACUUAAGUAAAAGUAAUAAACUAUUUUAUUCUAUAUUUAUAUAAA